UCCUCGAGGUGACCGGUGGCACUCUUAGGUCUGCUGUUACUUUUCUCCGCACUUCUGUGGACAAAAAUGGAGAAAAUGUACUUGAAGUUCUUUUCCCUGGUGUUUUUGGGUCUCUGCGUUUCUGGAUUGACUGGCAGCGCCGUCUCCGAAAAAGAGCUAGAGGCCCUCCGAAUCCUCGGUCCGUUAGCUGUGGCGACCGAAGACUUUGGAGAAGAUUUUGGAGACACUGAAGAGGCCGAAGACAAUGAUGGAAACACUGAAGAUACUGAUGAAGACACUAAAAACAAAGAUGGAGACACCGAAGACGCUAAUGGCGACACUAAAGACACCGAUGAAGACAACGAAGACACCGAUGGAGAGACUGAAGACACUGAUGAAGACACUAGAGACAUUGCGGUAGACACCCAGACCAUUGGAGACGCUGACGGUACAGACACAGGCACUGAAUUCGAAGAGACUGAUACCAAACCCACUGAUGUGGAGACUGAAGACACUGAUGAAGACACAGCUAAUGGAGGCACUACAGACACUGAUGGAGACACCGAGACCAUUGGAGACGCUGACGGCACAGAUAUAGGCACUGAUACUGAUGGAGAGAUUGAAGACAUUAAUGGAGACACUGAUGAGCUAGCCCUUCAGAGCCGCCGUCAAAAUAGCAAUCCUUGCAACAGCUACACUGUACUAAACCAGGCGUGGAGGAGUGUGAACAACACUGUUAGGAGGUACAGUUGUGAUAAUGGCUUUAGGGGAGAGUGGUACCGCUUCAUGAAUCCUGCCGGUACUUCAAUGCCUACACAGCGACCCCCGUCAACACGCAGAUGCGGUACGGAUGCUCCGAUGUGGAUGAGCGGACAACAUCCCAGCGUUGCCGAUGGAGAAAUCUCCCGCCAGGCGUGUGCCUACUGGGGCAGUAACCCCUGUCAGUGGUCAACAACCAUCCGAGUGAAGGCCUGCAGCGCUGGUUACUACGUGUACAAACUACCCAGGACUCCUGUCUGCCACCUAGGCUACUGCGGAGCUUCUGUCGAUUCAGCAUUAACAACUUCAGCACCAGCUGCAGGGACAACCAAAUAUGCAGACACGACUACAAAACUUACCCCACAAACUACAGCUUCAUCUGUUGUACCAGGUGAGAAGAUCAUCUUCCCCGGUCCAAGAGACGUUGAUGACUAUGCCAGGAUGGAGACCACAUUGUCUGGGGACUUAACCAGCUUUACCCUCUGUGUGCACAUGCGCUCCAACAUGGCCUCCAGCAAUCAGAUCAGCCUGGUCAGCUACGCAGUGUCACAACAUAACAACGAGCUGCUCUUGUUUGUUAAUCGUGGAUUUCAAUUACACGUACAAAACAGCAUCCGAAUGGCAGACCCACCCGUUUGGGACGGUGAGUGGCACACCGUGUGUACUACCUGGCGCAGCAGUGAUGGAGCCUGGCAGUUCUACGUUGACGGCGACCUGACGGCUUCAGGCUCGGGGUUUAGAGUGGGAGGAAGAGUGCGCAGAGGCGGAACAUGGAUUCUCGGUCAGGAUCAAGACCGAGUUGGGGGAGGAUUCGAAGCAAGCCAGUCAUUCAUCGGAGAACUGUCGGAAGUGAACCUCUGGGACCGCGUGCUGUCUCCAGCAGAAAUAGCAGCGGACUGUAGUUACCAUGGCAACGUGAUUGACUGGGAUACAACUAACAUCAGAGUCUUCGGAGAGGCCAGCAGGGCUGACUAUCAUCGAUGUGCACGUGCACCAGUAUCAGAAUUGUCAGCUUCCACCACCUGCAGCAACGACUACAUGGAACUGUCGAUUCCGGAGGAUCAGCUGACCGACAUCGACCUGAACAACCUUCACUGGAGGCCUGACCGGAACUGUGGCGCCACGACUAACGGUUCUCACUACCUGUUCCGUACAGAGCUGUACGACUGUGGAACCGAGGUGACCUUCGGUGCGAAGUACGUGACGUUCCUGAACACCAUCAACAUCCUGGGCACCCACCUGAACAGCGGGGUCAUCACCCGGGAGGGCGACAUCUGGAUCACAUCCAAAUGUAACUACGAACGUAAGGAGUGGGUGGACUCGACCUUCCUGCCCAUCCCGGGCGGACUGAACUUCACGGAGGAGGGGUUCGGGCAGCUGGAGGUCCGGCUCUCCAUGUUCCCCACCCGGCAGUACCUGAGGCAGUACCGGGCGGACCAGUACCCCAUCCACCUCAGGCUGCGCCAACACGUCUACAUGCAGCUGGAGGUGCAGGGACACGCGCAGAAACUCUCCGUACUGGCGCUGAACUGUAAGGCCACCAUGUCACCUUCACCCAACGACAGCCUGCAGUAUCAACUCAUCAGGGACGGCUGUGCCUCUGACCCCACAUUGAAGACCUACGACGUUGACGACCCCGGCAAGGAGCGGUUCGGUUUCGAGGCGUUCCGCUUCAUCCGGGAGGUGAGGACCGUGUACGUGCACUGUGAGGUGCUGGUCUGUGACGCCGCUGAUGCUGGAUCCCGCUGUGCACAGGGCUGUGUCAGGAGGGGCAAAAGAGCUGCUGGAGAGGUCGACAUGAGGGGACGUCACAUGAUCUACCAGGGACCAAUCGUUCUGGAUGAUGACAAAGAAGCCGAACACGCUGUGCGCCUGGUGGAUGACCAGGAGACUGGCCCUGCACGCCGCGGUGCACCCUGGGCCAUGCUGGCUGCCGGCUGUGUCCUGGCGGCGCUCGCCCUUGUCGUGCUGGGCACGGCCAUCGUGCAGAAGCGCUCCCGCCGGGGGGAGUGGGCCUACCACGGUCUGAAGGACGGAGAGUAGAGCAGGCGAUCUGAAAACCACAGGCUAGCUAGGCUGACGCCAUGUUUACAGUUAACACCCCUAACGUCAAGAUGUAGCCUAUGUGUGGUUUGCGCCUUGCCUUCAAUUUUGGAUACAGUCACCAGUUUCAGUCACCAGUCAAGAGCAUCUCAGGCAACGUUUUGGAUGGUCCACAUUUUCAUGCUUUCCUUUCAAAAAACAAAUGACAAUAUCUUAUUAAUAUCAUACCACCAAUUUGAAAUUAUUGUUAGUAUACUGACACAAACCACAUCUUCUUCUUCUCGGGUCACCAUUCAAUGCUACACUCUGCUCCCCCUCCAAUACUCCGCACAUGCCCUUUUACUGGGGGUCAGGGCUUCCAGGUCCUCCUUGGUGCAGCGUUCAAACCACAUAAUGUCUCUUGAUUGUGGACCACAUUUACAGCGUGGAAUGUAUGCCCGGUGUAUUACAAGAUGAUGUGUGCCGAAACCUGACACACCCUACUUUGGGCCACACCAAAAAAAGUUGCCAUCUGUAAAAGAUUUUGUCAAUUCUUGUGAAUUAGUGUGGACCUUCACCUAAAACUGACACUUAAAAGCAAAUCCCACUUAAAAUCAAACACGUUCAAAGAUUGAUACACCCAAUGACCAUCCAAGACGUUUGCUCGUGAUGUUUUUUUAGCUAAGAUCAUUAUACCCCAGACGUUUUUUUUUUUCUUUCUUGAGUUUUAUUACAAUUAGAAACAUUGAGCAAAAUUUCUGGAUGUACCUCGAUGAUGGUUGACCUUUGGCCAGACAUUUCUUGCCGAACCAGAUACACAUUCUUGAAUGACCAACUCCAAUUGAAUGAAAACCGUCACUUCUAAACGUGAUAUUUCAAAGAUAGAGAUAGUAGAUACAGCAUUGCCUGGGUACCGUCCUGUUGGUUUUAUGCUCACUCCACUGUACUUUUUCACCAGCGACAGUUUUUGGUGCCCAAGACACAUCAGGAAGUUUGAUGAUUCUCAAAUCCGAACUGAGCUGAAAAUAUAGAUUGAUUUACAUACCAUCCAGAAAAUUUGCUCAUGAUGUUAUUAAAUAGGAUCAUAUUCUACCCAAGAUGUUUUUCUUUAGUAUGAAGUUUGUAAUGACAUCUUGGUAACAUUUUGGGAUGACGCCUUGUGAUGAGGGGCUGUACCAGGAGGAAUGAGACAAAGGGCAAGACCUUCUUUUGCAAAUAGCCAGCCCUACCAUUUUCAUGUUGAUAUUUUCGUGGUUUAAAUGAUUUAUUUUCACAACUCGUCUUCCAAGCCGACCAACCUUUGUGGAAUCAUAAUGACGAUUCCCAGACGAAAAGUUGCUUUACCUGUAUGUUCACACCCUAGAUCUUAAUACCCACAAUCUAAAAACUAAUACAUUUAAAGGUCACCCAUAAAUGUUACACAUGAUGACAAUGUCCAAAGGACAAAAUACUCAAGAUAUCAUUCAUAUCUACAUUUUGAUGAUAAUCUGAGCAAGGUUUUUGAAUGACAUUUUGUAAAUUCCUUAACAAAAUUUUUCUCAAGUCAACACAGGGUUGAUUUUGAACAUUCCUUCCAAAAUUAUCAUUGUGAUUAGGUCGUAUUGCCACCUGAUGCUUACAGCUAAAAGUACUCAAUUGAUUUGUCAUUCAAAAAUUUCACUCAUUAUCAAGAUAUUUCCAAUAACAAUAACUUAGUAGCAAUGUCAUAUUCCCAUGUUUGCUUGGACCAUCGAUGGCGUCCUGUCCAGUGUUGCUGCCUUUAAAAAAGUUCAAAUUAGUAGGUCCAGAUUUGUCAGCACUGCUUACAUGUACAUUGUAGUUGUGACAGUUGAACAUUUCGAAGUGGUCGGAACUAUUUUCAACAAUACAAAUCGUGUGAUGGGAGGAGGCAAUGACCUCUCUCGGAUUUCAUAGCUCUUAAAUUGUCUUAUAGAGGGAGAGAGGGAAGGGGAGAGGAGUGAGAGACAGAGAGAGAGACAGAUAAAAAAUACAUUUCCAAUUAGGUUUGUUACAGCAAUACAGAUUGGGCAUCAUCCAAACAUGGAAAUCCUUUAAGAAAUAGCGUUUUUUUUUUACUCAAGAGACUUUCUAUAACAAAAUAGUGAUAAUUAAUCAUAAGGAAAGGAAGCCUUUAAUAGUGUUAGUGGUGGUCGUAGGAUUUGUGCCUUUUUAUCCAGCCAAAUAUUCCACCCGUAUAGGUGUGAAAAUUUCGGGAUUUUACUGGGGAAGGUUCCUGUAGGGGGCAGACCACCAUUUCCAGAAUAUAUGGUGAACAUCUAAGAACUGAGCUGUCAAACAUCACCUACUUGAGUGUUCAACUGUUGAAAACUCACAUUGACAGGCUAGACCUCCGAAUUGUCUUUUUAGGUACAAAAAUAUCAUCCCUUUUUGAUCAGUGGAAUGUACUACGAGAAAUGCAAACACUGAGGGCAUGACGUCUGACCCCCUUUACACCACCAAAAAACAAGAAGUUGGUAUUGAUUUUAGAGCUCUACCAGGCAGCCAAAACAAGACCUUUUUUUCAACAAAACAGAAAGAGAAAUAAGUGCCUUAAGUGGCUCCCAUGAGCCUUGUUUUGUGGUGACCGAUGAAGUGAAUAAUAAAAAACUCCCCAGCUGGAAAAUGCCAGCAUUUAUUCACACAUACAAAAAAAAUUAUGUUUUCAGCUGAUUUGGCCUUCUGCGCCUGCGGCAAAUGGUGACCUUUGCCCUGUGGUGUAAGAACCAUCAAUGUGGUGGAAAAGUUCUUUUGUGCUGCUUGUGGCUUGUUUCUUGAAUAGAGUAUAUACAUAGAAAAGUGUCUUAGUUGCAAUGGCAUGAAUGUGACGUUUUAAACACAGUGUUGAUUGAUGAAAGAAGCUUUAGUGGUUGCACGUUUACCACCCCGAGUAUGACAAUUGUGAAAGGAAUUAUCUAGCAACUGUGAGCCAAAUCCUGCGAACCCAUUUCCUAAUGAAGUAAGGAUAAGUAAGGUAAUAGUUUCAAAAAGGGCGACAGGGUGAAAUGUAUGAUCUGAUCUAUGAGAUGGUAAAUACCUUGAACGCUUGAAUUAGAAACAAUCUAACAGGCCCUUUUGACACUUUUAGACAACUUGUUAUGACGUACUUAUUAUGUAUAAUCUAGAAAUAUUCAUAAGCUCUGUUUUUACAUACAUGUGUGUUGCACUGUACACUGUGUGCAUCCUAGUAGCACUGGGAACAUGUGAUAACGAAGAUUUUGUACAUCACAAAAACACAUCAACAUCAUGCAAAUACGUCCCAGAUAUAUAACAGCUUUGAGCCUGGGUUCAAACAGUUU